AUGGUCAUUAAUACAUUGUACCGUGCGGCUAAAGAAGGGCUUGUUGAUUUUUUGUCUGAAGUAUCAAAAACAAACCCACAGCUGAUCCAGUUUACUUCAAGAUUAGGAAAUUGGAACACUUUCUUCUGUGCUAUUCAACAUCGUCAGGCUGAGGUCUUCAGCCUAAUCCACAAGUAUCGCUUCAAGAAUUUAAUAGCAUCAGUGGUAGAUACCUCCGGACAUUGCAUGCUGCAUGUUGCAGCCAAGCUGGUUCCUUCUAACCAACUUAACCGCGUCUCUGGUGCAGCUCUACAGAUGCAAAGAGAAAUGCAAUGGUUCAAGGAAGUUGAAAGGGUGGUACCUCCUGGACUUAGGGCAUCUCGAAAUAGUGCGGGUAAACGACCAGAAGACAUAUUCAAAGAAACUCACAGAGAUCUAAGGGAUGCAGGAGAAAAAUGGAUGAAGGAUACAGCAUCUUCCUGUUCUGUUGUUGGUGCUUUGAUCGUUACCAUCAUGUUUGCAACAGCUUUUACUGUUCCAGGAGGGAAUGAUCAAAACACUGGCUACCCAAUAUUUUUGAAAGACAACUUAUUUAUACUCUUUAUCAUCUCAGAUGCAUUGUCAUUGUUUUCUUCAACAACUUCAGUACUGACAUUUUUAGGGGUUUUCACCUCGCGCUAUGCUGAAGGAGACUUCCUCAUAUCCUUACCAAAAAAGCUAGUCAUAGGUCUUUCUACGCUUUUCUUGUCCAUUUUAACCAUGAUGGUGGCAUUUUGCUUAUGCAUUAUUCUCAUGCUAAAGCAUACAUACUCAUGGUCUUAUCUUCCUGUUAUGAUCAUUGCUAGUAUCCCGGUCACCCUCUUUGUAUUGUCACAAUUCCCUCUUCUUCGCAAUGUGAUUUGUUCUACUUAUGGCCCAGGCAUCUUCAACAGAAAUGUAAAAUAAACCCUUGGCCAUGAAAUGUAUGUGCAUACGGUUAAUUUGCCACUAUCUUUG